GGGUCAUUGGCAUUCAUCGUCAGUCGUCACAGCAGUCCCGUUGGAGGAGCUCAGACAAUACAUUUUCUCUCUCCUAGGGUUUUGCUCUUCUCCGGAUCCUCCAAUCCCGCCAUUGGAAAGUUCAACGGGAGAGAGUAAUAGCAUGGGGGACGGUUACUGGAACAGGCAACAGCCACCCUCUGCUCCGUCUCCCGGCAUGCUUAAACGACCUCGCCCCGAUUACGACCUCCCUCCUUCAGGACUUUCUUUGACUCAUUCUAUGCAAAGCUAUCUACCCACAGACGACCAGGGUGGACAUCGGGCUGUAAAGGACUCUAAAACUAUAGGAUCAGCAUAUGACCGUUAUCUGCAGAGCACGCAACUUUCUUCUCUUACCUCUGGAGAAGCAAGUAAAUUUGGUGGGGUUGGGUUCAAUAGAACUUUAGAUGGUGGAAUGUCCCAACUUCCCACUAUGAUGGGCCACCCUGGGCCUGGGCCUCAAAGAUUGGAUUUACCCUCAAAUGGUCUAGACGGUAAUUUUGGUGGCUCGCUUUCAAUAGAUCCGAUGUCAAGGCCUAGUAUGGGUCGUGAAGCUGCUGCACCUUUACCUCCAGACGCUUCCAGCACACUCUAUGUUGAAGGACUUCCUUCUAACUGCACCAGGAGGGAGGUAGCUCAUAUCUUUCGUCCUUUUGUUGGAUAUAAGGAAGUGAGGCUGGCGAGCAAGGAAUCGAAGCAUCGUAAUGGGGAUCCUCUUAUCCUCUGCUUCGUGGACUUUAUAAAUCCUGCAUGUGCCACAACUGCUAUGAAUGCUCUUCAAGGCUAUAAGGUGGAUGAGCACGAACCCAACUCUGCCUACUUGCGGCUGCAGUAUUCUCGGUUCCCUGGUCCGAGGUCUGGGCCUGGGCCCCGAGGAAGGAGGUGAAAGAGAUCGAACCAAGCAGGGCGUGGUAGUAAAGUUCUUGCCGCUCCACGGUUUAAAUAGGUAUCUCUCUUUUAGGGUGAGCAUGCCCGUUUCUUAUUUAUGUUUUAAGUUUUUUAUGCGCUUCUUUAUCUGUUUGAUCCCGAUUGUGCUGGGUACUUGGAGAAGCGCUGGCUUUUCGGCCUUUUGGUCGCGCUCGUUAUAUUCGUUCUCGGGGUCCACAUGGGUUAUGCGAGAGAGGGCCGUUAAAGGAGCCGAUGUAUUACUACGUUUUAGACCAUUGCACGACGCAGCGCUGUAUAAUUAUUUCUAUGCUUUUAGCUUUGAACAUGUGUGCAGUCACGUUUCGCAAAUAAAUUAAUCCUAUACGUCACGUCUUUUUAUUUGGGUAUUUGGGUGCCAAGCUUCUCACACUGAAUCUUUGUGAAAUGCUGUUUACAUUUACUUUCUGCGAUAAGUUAAAUCCUAUAGAGUUCCCAGUUCAAUAUAAUGACUGGAACUAACAUGUGAAGUAAAAGCUCGAUUUCUACCGUUUGUGCUUCCAUGGGAGAGUCGAGACCUUCCAUUACCUUUCUUCCCUAGCAGGCUUCUUCUUGGGGUGGCUCUACUUGCGGUGCCCCAUAAAUUAAGUCCUUUUGGCUACACUUUUGAACUGUAAUUUAUUACGUAGUCAUGCCUUCUCGGGGCUUACUAUGGCUACAGAUGAAGCUAUAUAACAACUAAUUCUUUAUUUUCUCUUUUUAAAAGAAUAUGUGGGUAGCUCUUAUGAGGUAGAUUUCAUAUAAUCAAAGUUAUUUAUCGGAGAGGGGGAACGGUGAGCGCUGCGUGGUGCCAACCGAGGGAGAGAGUAACGUAAGGAAUAGUAGGACUAGUGGAAAAAAGAAAGAAUUCAAUAUUUAGUAAAUUAUUCUUAAAUGUAAUAGUUAUUUUACUAUGGAUAAUUUUGUAAGCAGAAUCCAUCUCCUAUACUUCUAUAAUAUUAUCUAUAUACUAUUAUUGAAUAGAGAAGUCCAGUGUAACCGUUUUUGUAAUUAGUAAAGUUCAAUUAAAAACCAAUUUCUUUUUUUAUAUUCAAGGGAAAAUUGGGGGAAGAAAAAAACGAAAAGGAAAGGUACCUUUUCUUCAGCAGUUGCCUUUCCACGUGAAAUUCGCCCAUCCUACAUAAUCGUUUUAAGUAAUUCGGUCACUUCCCACAAAAUCAUCAAUAUUUAUUCUCGCAAAACUGUCCGCAACUGCUUCUAUCAAAUUCCACAGAAAAGUUCAGAUUCUCAUAGCGUCCAAGAAGUUUGAGAAGAUGGCCAGGCGAGACGAAGCUGACGGUGUACAACAUGGGUGAGGUGAAGGGUAUUCUUUAAGUUGAUGAUUUACAGGUACGACUCGUGUCCUGUAAUUCCCGUCUUUGAUCUUUAUACAGGUACGAUGCCCAUCUCUUGGCAACCUUUUUUUUUUUUUUUUUUUUCUUUUACCCCUGUUAAACUUUCUUUUCUCACUUGUCAAACGUUACAUUUCUUCUUUUCAUGAAAUAUUCUUUGCAACAAUUUCUUCAGUGUAGUUCUCCAUCCAUGGUGUCAUCAAAUUGCAUCAGUGGUAAGAAUCUCCCCUUCUGUGUCGUAUCGACUUCAUUGUAGUUUCGACUUUGCAUUUUUUCCCCAUAGAAAAGCCUAUUUAUUUUGCCAUUUCAAUCGGAACUUGGUUUUCCUCUCUGACUGGAUAUAGUUUCACUCUUUCUUCUGCUGUCCUUUAAUCCUAUGUUUCUGCAUGUUGCAGGGGCGAGCCGCAAGGGGAAAGGAGUGAAAUGUUCGAUUAGGAAUUAGAGCCCUUAUUUAUUUUUUCUUCUUUUCUUGAAUGAGGGUUGAUUUUUAUGUGAACUGAAUUCGAGAACAUGUUCACGUACUAGUCUAAUCUAAUUUUUCUAGCCAUAUGCAAUUAGCUUCCCGUUCACCCUU